AUGGAAAUAUGGCAAGCAGAUCACGAUGGAAAUUAUCAAAUAUCAACGGACUGUAGGGGGUUCUUAAACACUGAUCAACACGGAUAUUAUGAAUUUACUACUCUACACCCUGGAAAGUAUAAAACAGACCCGGAGAGUUAUCUUUUCCGACCGGCUCAUCUACAUUUUAAGAUAUUCGGACAGCAUAAUCACAAGGACCUUGUUACACAAAUGUACUUUUAUGGAGAUAGUAACCUUGGAUGGAAUGAUUCUUGUCAUGUAUGUGCAUCAGACCGAAAAGAUUUGAUUGUCAAAACUGUUCUCUUUUGUGAUGAAGACGACUUGGAAGAAUGUACUGAAAUUGCGGAAUUUAAUAUUGUUUUAGAGAAGGGCAAAGGAACGUCAGUAACUUUUGCUGAUUACGAUUACGAAUAUAGAUAA